GAUGGGCCAAGGCCAAAACAUCAACAGUUGGGCACAAACAAUUUGAAUAAACUAAGACAGAAUUUGACAGAAGUCAUAAGUUACAUGUAUAAGAUGGCUUGCUGUUGAUCCAGUACCGAAGAUAUUUUCAUUGAAAAUAUUCAUGCAAUCUUCCUUGCCUCUGUAUCAGAAACCUUCAAACUUACCAGCAGAAUCGGUGGCUGAGUGAAGCCAUUCACCACCAGUGCUGCAUCCAACCAGUCAGCCCCAAAGGACAGCGUAACAGCGAUGGCCACCGGGGGCACGGGCGAGUCGCUGCUGGACAGCCUCGAGAACCUGCCGCAGGAGCUGAAGCACAACUUCGCCAUGAUCCGCGACCGCAACACCAAGUGCGACGCGCUGCAGCGCCUGAUUGACGAGAAGUCGGACCGGUACCUGGCCUCGCUGCCGGACCCGUCGGCGCCGCCGCCCGACGGGCUGCUCAAGAUGUACGAGAAACUCCGCAAACACGGCGAGAACAACGUGGCGCUGGCCACCAAGACGUACGAGCUGGUGGACCGCUACAUCCAGAAACUGGACGUGGACCUGGCCGCCUUCGAGGAGCAGAUCCAGGCCGGCAGCCACAGCGCGCGCGCCGCCGAGCCGCCCGCCCGGCGGCCCGCCAAAAAGAAGGCCAGCAGCAAGAAGUCUCGGAAGGCGGCCGAGGAGGACCCGAUCUACUCGAAGGCCAUCAAGAGCCCGGUGGAGGUGGAGGCGGCCAUCCGGCAGCUCAUCAAUCCCACCCAGCCGGUCUCCACGGACGGGCUGGACAUGCCGGUCGACCCCAACGAGCCCACCUACUGCCUCUGUAACCAGGUGUCUUACGGCGACAUGGUGGGCUGCGACAACCCCGACUGUCCGAUCGAGUGGUUCCACUUCUCCUGCGUCGGCCUCACCUCCAGCCCCCGCGGAAAGUGGUUCUGUCCACGCUGCAUCAAAGACAAGAAAAAGUAGACGCCGCCGUCAGAGACGGAGGGUGCUCCGCGGCCCGCGUCACAACGCUGGAUCGGACAAACUACGGCCGACCGCGCGGCGUUUCAUGGGCGUAACUGUUGUGUAACGGAGGCGUGUUUAAGUGUAUCGUAUAUGUUCACGGCACGAAGCGUCCUUAAGCUGUUUGAGCUAUGACGAGUCAGAUCCAGAGGUGCACUGUUUGAAGAGUCGAGGAAUGCUGAUCCCACCCAGAAUUGUCGUACAAUGGUUUAUAACGCAAACUGUUUUAAAGACAAAGUGUGGGCUGCGGUGGUGUGUAUUAUUUUUUACUUCUCCUAGCUAGAAUACUUCGCGUCCUGUAAAAAAAUCAAACGGUGCUAGUCCAGGAAAAAAUGGCACUGUACGAUUUUGGUUUUAUUCAAAUGUAGAAAAAUUGUUACUUUGAAGUUUCGCGAAAAAAGCGAGAGAAAAAAGAGUGAUCUUUCGAAACUUACGAGCGUUCUGCAGUUCAGUGGCAUGUGUUAGCGGUUGAAGCAACAUAGUCUUUAUGUACGUAUGUAGGUAUAUGAAUCAGAAUCAGAAUCAGAAUAUAUUUCAUAACGAAUCCAUCGAAUAUGGUUUUUCAUCGUCACACGUCAAAGGUUGAAAACAUACGAGGUAAAAUACAUUCAGGCCAAUACAAUACACCGCGAUACUUGAUCAGGUCAGCCAUACAGUUCUCUGAGUAGGUAGCGUCUCAGGGUUGAUUUGAAGUGGCGAGUGUUUGUGUCGAAUGGCAGCUGGUUGUACUGCUGGACAGCACCGUAGCUGAGACGCCUGCGACCCGACUCAGAAGUGAAGUGUAUGUACGUAGUGAAGUGUAUGUACGUAGUUGUAGGUGGCCGUACAGCAUCGCAACGUACGAUAGAGAUAUAGGGCGAAUCAGCAAUAUCUUGUGCAUUGUGAGCGAACUGUACAGUGGGCAUGUGUGGCCAUCUUCCCUGCAUCUCUUGCAUGGAAUGUAUGUAUCCGCGUCUGUCAUCUCAUUGUUCCACGAUGUGCGAGCGCUGGCCGUGGGCCAGCGAUUGCCUUCCUCCUUUCGCCUCCCGUACCAAUCCAGUGCUGUUUCGGUGCUACUGACUUUGGAACAGAUUUCUCUCUGUUCCUUGACUCAGAUUGUCCCACUGAGCUAUUUGGAAACUCCAGAUGUAAGCAGCUUCAUUGUCCGUGUGCUACCGUUAAUGGGGUAGAGAACUCUCUACAGUGUGCUGUUGUGAGGCUCAGGAGAGGUCAGCCUGUCCGCUCCAGACCGUUGCGCCUUAUCCCCGCUCCUGUAAUGAGGGUAGUUUCGAGAUGCGGACGGAUCUCGAUGCUGAAUGUGCCCGAUGUCCAGUACAAUGUGUCCAAUACACUUGUCAAACGUA